CGGUUCACUUCCUUGUGACCCGAGAGUUUUUCCCCCCCUGUUCCCGAGAGGAAACGGGGGGGGGGGCUGUAAUUUUUAAGGGGCCGGACCGAGGCGUCGGAGCGACAGGCCUCGGCUAAGCCCAACCCUCUCCCUCGAAGGCCCCCGCCGCCGCGCUUGGGCGGUCACCAUGGCGACCACGGCCCCUCAUCGCCUGGUUCGCGGAGAGUCUGAGAUAAGGAAUAAGCCACCCAGGCUCCCCAUUCUGGAUGCCGUUAGACAUUCUGCUCUCCUGGAGGAUUGCACCGACCAGCUGGCCAUCCUUGGCUACAUCAUGCCCCUUUCAUACGAAGGAAGGAAAGAUGUCAGUGAUCUCAAUGACCUGGAGAUCCAGGCUGUUCUUGAGACCCAGAAGCAACUGACCACCACGUACAAGAGCCUGAUGGAUGCCAGGGCCGAGAGCCAAGCCAGGGCCCCGAUGGAGCUUGGCCGGAUCACGGAACUGGGCCAGCAGUUGGAGGACACCAGCAGCGAGCUGAAGAGGACCAACCACCUUUUCACCAGGGCGACAAAACAGAGCGCUCUGUCCACAGAGCGCCUCAAGAAGGUUCAAGCUGACAGGCAGCAGGCGUGUGACAUCAUCGAGGACACAACAGAUGAACUGCUGACACUGGGAACCUUUCACACUCUGCAGCUUGCAAUGGAUCUGGAAAAGGCGAAAAAGGCCAAUGCCCAAAGCCUAGUUCUCAGGGAAGAGAUGGGAAGGAAGAAGGUGAAGUGUCUCCAGAAGCAGAUCAGCGAUGUCAAGAAAGAAAAGGAUUACGAGGUGGAGAACCGGAAUGAGUUGAUCGCCUACCUCAAGGACCAGCUGCAAGAAAUGAAGGCCAAAACGGACAUGGAGAAUCGCUUUGUCAAGAAAGACACGGAGCUCCAGGUGGCUCAAGUGCAGAAGAAAUGUGCCGAGGCUGAAAAUGAUCUGCAGAAUGAGAUUGAGAAGCUUCUGAACCAAGCUGAGCAGGAGAUCAGAGUCCACAUGGACAUUGAGAAUUUCCUUAAGCAGCAGCAAGUGAGCAUUGAAGAGAAGCUGGAGUACUGGAUGGAGAAGUACGAGAAGGACACGGAAGCCAAGCAACAAGCCCUGAAUGCCCUGAAAUCCUCCCGAGCCGCUGACCAAGCAGCCCUGCAGGAACUGGCCAAGCAGUGCCUUAUAUGUGAGCAGGCAAUCAUUGAGGACCGGAAGGAAAAGGAGCAAGCACGGAAGAAAGUCGAACAGGAUGCUCUGGAGAUGAAGAGCAUCCUGAAGCUGCAGGCCUGGUGGAGAGGCAUGAUGGUCCGCCGGUUCCUUGGGCCGUACAAGCUCCUCAAGAAACUCUGGGAAGAGGAGCCCACAACCAAAGAAAAAGGGAAGAAAGGCAAAGGAAAGCCCGGAGCCAAAAAGAAGAAGAAGUGAUGGGCCAAAGAGACUUGCUCCAAGAAAGAUCCUUGGUGGUCAGUGGUCUUAUUAAGACAGGGCCUUAUUAUCUGGCCAACUUAAUACGAGAAGAAAUACAUGAACACACAGGAUGGGGAAACUUCGCUGUAAAGUGACAUCCUAAUCAUCCAGAGCAGCAACACAGAUUAGAAAAUAUGAUAACAAGCUACUGUAAUGAAGUAAAAACGGGAGCAAAACUACCUCCUUCCUCUGUGCUCAGGAUUCAACCCCCUCCCCCAAGGAGACCUGAGUGGACAAACCUGCUUCAAAAUAAAUGCUUCUGUUCGCAA